UAAGGGGUGGGGGUUGCGGUGCACGUUGGGGUUGGGUGGUAAUUUUGGGUUGUUCCAUCAUACAUGAUAUAGAUAGUGUUUUUUGGGUUUUUGGGUGUUAUGGGUUAAGGUUGUUUUUUAGUUUUGUGAUUUUGGGUUGAUGGUUUUCAAUUUCUGGAAGGGAAAAGGAUUAGGGCUGGGGUUGGGGUGACGGAGAGUGUGGGAGAUGGGGGGUGGUGGGAAGAAGAAGAAUAAAAAAGAAGAAGAAGAAGAAGAAGAAGAAGAAGAAAAAAGAAGAUGAGAUGCAGACGAGGUUGAAGAGGAAGAGAUAAAAAAUUUGAACAAUUUUUAUGUAAAAGUUCAUCAUUACAAAAAACAAUAAGAUUAAAUAAUUUAAGAAUUAGAUUAGAUAAGAUUUAGUUAUCGUUAUUACUUAUUAGUGAUUUGAGAUUAAGAAAAAAAAAAGAAAAAAAAUCCAGCUAUGUUCAUUAACUGAUGUGCCACAUAGGCUUCCCGUGACAUGUGGCCACGGUGGUCAGCGCCACCACUCCAGCAGGGAUGAAAACCAGCUAUUUUCCUUAUGUUCAAGGGCUAAAGUCAGCUUUUACUCCGGCGAGGGACGGAAACCAGCACUCGCUAAAAGUCUAGGGACGGAAAACAUAUUUAACCCUUAUUUUUAACAUAAGUGCAUGUUUGGAGCAUAUUGUCCCUUCAUUUUACAACCAUAGCCUAAUUCACUCUCUUCCGUGCGAGAGGUGCGAAAUGAUUAUCAUGAAUCGCAUUCAGGUUUCAUCUCCUCUGUUGAUGAAACCUUUCAGUUUCAGAGCAUCAAAACCACUCCCACCAUUCAAAUGCCGCUGCACCACGAGCUCCGACGAGGAGAAGAACGUGAGCGGCAACAACAAUCUCAACGACGCGCUGUCUGGGAUAGUGGGCUCGCAAGUUGAAGAGCUCUUGAGCAGAAAGGAGAACAGGGUUUUGUUCGAUGGGUUAGAGAAAGCUUCGCAGAGGGUUGAAAUCGCUAAGUCGCAACUUGCAAUGAUUGAACAACAAGAACUUGCUGUCAAGCAGUUCAAGGAUUAUAUUGACCAGCUUGAAAACAAAGCUUCUGAGAUUGCAGAAUGUCAAAGAGAAAUAUCAGAAGCAAAAGCCUUGGUUGAGGAAGCAGAACGCACCCUGUCGCUAAAUGCGGGAGGCCCCAAAGAUGGGAGUGCAUUCAUGGGGAUGGGAAGUGAAGAAAUUGAUCGGGAUCAAGAGAGAUUGGAGUCAGUCAAAGCAGCAUCUAUUUCUGCCCUUGUUGGUACCAUUGCAGCGCUCCCCAUAUGCUACGCUCAAGUCACCGACCCAACUCAGCUGCUUCUGACUUUGGCAAUCAACUUCAUAAGCUGUGCAUUGUUUGGAGUGACUUUUCGAUACACUACAAGGAGAGACUUGGAUGAUGUUCAGCUUAAGACAGGGGUAGCAGCAGCUUUUGGCGUUGUUAAAGGUUUGGGAACCUUAAGUGGUGGACCACUUCUUGAACUGAACUUUGAAAGCUUCUUGUCACAUUCCCAGGAUGGCACAAUUUAUGUGUCUGAGAAUGUUUUCAUUUUUGUUUGUGCUGCUGUUGGUCUCGAUUACUGUUUAAAGACAGGACUUUUGAGCCCUUUUCCGAUUGAUAGAUCAGUUUAGUGGCAAUAAGAAUUAUUUUUUCCAAUUAUCAUAGCUUAAAUUGAAAUUGAUAUAUUUGUGCCA